UCACACUCAGCGCAGUUAGUGGUCUUUGACUUUGAAACAUGGCUGCCUUUAGGGAAACACCAUAAUACUGGCGUCUACAAUGUUCCUUCUACCUUCUUCAUCAUAUAUUUCUCACAAGGGCGGUCGUGUAUUAGUUUGACCAGACAUGUCGGAUAAAGAAGCCGGUAUGGGGAAGGAGAGUCCCGGGGAGAAGGGUUACAGGACCCCCGGGCUGAGGGGCACGCAGACCACCACCAUGUUCCGAGUCUUCAACCCCGAACUGUUCAUCAAGCCGAACAAACCGGUGAUGGCGUUUGGACUGGUGAGCAUCACGCUGUGUGUGGGGUACCUGGGAUACAUGCACGCCAUGAAGGAGAACGACCAGCAGCUGUACGAGGUCAUCGACAGCGAGGGAGAGAAGUACAUGAGGAGGAAGACUUCCAAAUGGGACUGACAACAAAUGAUCAAUGUGUGUGUGUGUGUGUGUGUGUGUGUGUGUGUGUGUGUGUGUGUGUGUGUGUGUGUGUGUGUGUGUGUGUGUGUGUGUGUGUGUGUGUGUGUGUGUGUGUGUGUGUGGUGUGUGUGUGUGUGUGUGUGUGUGUGUGUGUGUGUGUGUGUGUGUGUGUGUGUGUGUGUGUGUGUGUACUAUGAGAAGAACAUUGUAAAUUAAACUGGAUUCAAACAAG